AUGAAGCUACUUCACUUUCGUUUAUUUAAUCAACAGGUUUUUGGACGUUCCCCAAGUAGCCCUGCCUCUAAAGAGAUAAUCCUUCAUCGUUUUGGACAUGUCACAAACUCCACGAAAAGAAUAAAUCAAAGUUUGAUCGUUACUGAGGCCAAGGCCUUUGCCCUAUUUCUCCGUUGGACGGCUGAAUUGGUCAUCUAUGCUAAACCGAAUCCGGGACAAUUCUACUCUACUUCUGUAUCAGCGCUGAUCGACAAAUUAUUUAAAGUAUUACUUGAGUCACUUGGAGCCGACGGUAGCGUUGGACGAUUGAGUCGGGCCUACUGUUCUGAGAUAAAUGUGAUCAAAACUGGCCUAGUUCCGAGCAUUGUGCGACUCUGCGCCUGGCUAUCUCACAUAUACACUCAGAACGAUACUCUGGAAACGCCUUUUGAUAUACCGACCACUCACCAGUUUCAUCUGCCUCCGACUGAAGACGAACAUGCAAACGCACAACCUUACUACGACCUUGAGCUUGCUGGGCAGGGGUUGCUGGAAUAUUUCACUUUAAUACUGGAAACAUUAGGCUUGCAUUCAAUGCAAGCCAGCGAUUUGAAUGCCUUAUUAUCACUGUUUCGCUAUGAACCGGUACGACAUCAAAGCAGUAAUAUUCUCAAGACGUGUGGACCGGAACAGCUGACACCGGGACAAUGGCAUGCUUUGGCGAUUUCCUUCUCCACGUCACGUCGCCUUAUCGUGACCCGCCCGCGUCUGACCGUGUAUGUUGAUGCUUUGAAAGUACAGUCUUGUGAACUGCGCUUGCCACAAGUCGAUGGGGAUGCAUAUAUCAUGCACAUUGGUGGCUGUCCGACAUGGGUUGAACAAAUAUGCUAUAUGAAAUUGCUUAUGUCACUGCAACCCAAAACCCAAAAGAAAUAUACUCCCGUUGUCGCCCCUUGGAGUUUAAGCCAGAAGAUCGGGCAGAAGCCGUCUUACAGCGACAUGAAUGGCUCAAACGUGGGCAACGUAGCUCCAGUAACCAGUCGAGAUAUUGGCGUUGUUCGGAAGUGUCAACUCGGGGAAGAAAAAUACAACUGGGGUACUUUGGCAUCAUUUCGAGGACCGUGUGAUUUGACAUACAUGCUCGACAAUGAAAGCUAUUGCAGUACCGGCAAAUUGGCAUUCUACUACCAUGCGAAGGCAUUCAAUCCGAUUCAUUCUGUGUGUUCGGAUUUGAUGGCCGAGACAAUUGGUGCACCCAUUCUGUUGGCGACACUCAAGAGGUCCUGUGAAGCUGUUGCAUAUUCUGGAGAAAAUAAACUUUGCCAUGAACGGGAGAUUCAGUCCGAUGAAUGGGUAAAACAUUAUGCUCAAAAGGUCGAAUUCUAUUCCGGAUUACCUGCAAGUGUGACAGGAGCACGUUGUUUCCGGACUGUUAAAUUUAUUGAUUCCAUAAAUCAGAUCGGCGGCCUAGCUGCACUUUUUCCGAUUCUUCGUCUUAUUCAAGAAUUCCCACGAGGUACGAGCAGACUUGACGAUAUUGAAAGUUCAAACGAGACAAACGCCGAUUCAGGAAUGACCGAUGUUGGGAAACCGGAAGAAUCGCAAGAUUUGUACAGACCCACUCUAGGCCGGUCCGAAUUGUUACAACAGGAGGUAGCUGGACGCAAGCUACAGAAAUUGAUUCACUUGGUUCACCCACUAAGACUGGAUGCCGCUGUUGUGGCUGCCUGUCAAGAACUGGUAGAGCUCACUUCACAACAUAGGCAACGAUCACCGUCGACCAUGGAAUCCACCUUCGAAAUGUUGAUGGGCUCAGGACCAGAUACUCCAGUUGAGACCAUGGUUACGUAUCGAACAUUUUUCCUCAAGCACAUUUUCCUUAACUGGGAUCUUUGGUCCAGGGCAAAUGCUAUAGCCCAACUGGAACAUGUUCAACGUGUGAUUUGUUUGGCUCAGUACAAGCCUCGGACUUUUCGGAUUGUGAUGAACAUUCGCACAUUACUCGAAGUGCUGGAGACUUACUAUGGGUGA